AUGAUUAUUAUCCUCCUUUCCCUUUUUCUACUGCCACGUGACAUUGGCUCGUUACCAAUUGAGCCGAAAACUCUGUUUCUGGAUCCAAGUCCUCGGAGGUUUGAUCGUCUUAUCACUUCAGUAGAACGAAAAAUAGGAGAAAGCGAUAUCAUUCACCCGUCGGUUUGUCCAUCAUCAUGUGAACAUCUUCAUCAGGCGAUGACUUAUAUCCAAAAUCAUACAGAUGCCAACUUUAGUAUCAAAGAGUGUUCGUGUAUCUGCCCAAUGUCUCGACCGGCCUACGUGAGCACAGCCGGUAGUUGUAUCGAUAGGUUGAAUGAAUGCCCGAACACAAUUCGUUGGAAAUCUAUCAAUUCGGCUAUUCCAGUGGUACAACUACAGCCUCACACUAUAAUUCUUCCGGAAUCUGAACUAGAUUUCAGAAGUGCCGGAAUCCGAAUAUCACCACGUGGAGCCGACGAAUGGAACUGUGGAAUUCGGAAAAUUAUGUAUGAGAAUUUGAAUACAAAAUGGAGAGCAAUUGCCAAAGAAAGAGGGAUUUUCCAGUUGACAAGUUCAAAUGGAAAACCGAUUGUUUAUUUCGGCGGUACUGAGUUCGAUGCUUCAUUUCUCGUCGGAGCCGUAGUAAUGAUUAAAUUGGACUGCCGAACAUUUUCAUCUCCGACGGAUUCUCCAUUUUGUAUUUCACUCCGAAUUGCGGGUACUUCAGGUACCUCAUUUCCAGGAACAUCAUCAACUUUCGACCACAAACAAUUCGAAAUGGAAGAAACUGGAUGGAGAGUUGAAUCAAUCUACUUUCUUGUAAUUGUUGCUCUAAUUGUGAUUGUGAUAAUCAUCACUUUCAUCGUCUGGAACAUUUGUUGGAGUAUGAAGAAAAGAAAAUUGAUCAGCGAUUUUCAAAUGCAAUUCGUUCAACAAUACAAGAAUCAUAAUGGCAGUCAUCAUUCAUCAAUAACUGAGUUCGAGGAAAUCGAUGAUCAAGAAAUAUUGCAAUCUCAUUCUCAAUCGUUGAAUAGAAAACGACUUAUCUUUAGCGCUGAAUACUUCGAUCCUGCCCAAAUGACCCAUCCAUCACCGCUUGCAAUUCAAUUCCUUUAUGAUCUCAGACGAGUUGUGGAUAUUGCAAAAGAAAGAAUAAGACAAAGAAGGUUUAUUCCAGCACUUCCGAUUAUUCUAGAAGAUGCGGACAAUGAAAAAAAUUAUGAAGAUGAAGAAAUUGAAGAGAAAAGAAGGAUUCAAGAACCAACGACUUCUGAAGAGAGUCUGAUGAAUGCAACGACAACUCCAGAAUCUUCUCCAAGAAGUGAGCAGAAAUCAGUAGAUAGUGGAAGAGAAUCUAAGGAUGAUUCAGAAGAAGACGGGGACGAAGUAGAAGAGAGAAAAGAAGAAAUUAUACCAAAAGCUCAGACAAAAGUGUCGGAUAUUGUGAAGUCAUUCGAAAAGUCCACAAAACCCACAACGGUACCGCCUCGGCCAUCUUAUGUGCCAAUUAUGCUGAAUUCUUCAAUGAGAAAAAAGAAGCAACCGCUAACAACUGCGCCAACUACUGUAACUGUGGAGCAACCUGAGCCAGCAUUCAGAAGUAGAAUUAAAGCUCCAACAGCAUUCACGGAGAGGAGGAGUCCUCGAGAACGAAAAGGAUAUGCUGUGUUCCCAUCAGAUGGGACAUUCAAUAAAUCUCUUCCACGUCGAGGGAAACGCAAUCCCAGUACAAACAACAGCCAACCACAAACUCCUACUAAUUAG